GUACCACACGCAACCAUGUCACCCACAGCUACCAACACGAACGCAGCCCAGGAUGACGGCGGCCCUUCACCCCUCUCAUUGGUCCUCUCCUAUCCGAACCUCACCUCCCCUUCCACCAUCGCAUCCCUUCGCCGUGCCAUGGUAGGGCUCGGCUUCUUCUACCUCUCCGACUCGCCCCUCGAAUCAGAACGUGAUCGCCUCUUCGCUCUCACUCGUCGCUUCUUCUCCUCCAACCACACCUCCCCUGAAGAGAAGCGCAGCAUCGAGCAGGAGAAGUCUCGCCACUUCCGUGGCUGGUCCGGCUUGGGUUUGGAGCAUACACAGGACAAACCCGACAACCGCGAACAGAUCGAUUUGGGAAUCGAGUCGCCUGCCUUUCCUCAAGGUCUGCAGCCGCACUACUUGAACUUGUAUGGGCCCAAUCAGUUCCCAGCGUCCAUUCCCGAGCUGAGAGACGCUGUGCUGUCGUACAUGGAGAAGGCGGAGGAGGUUACGGUGCACCUGACAAAGGCGAUUGAGAUGGCCUUGGGCGUGGAGGAGGGGAGGUUAGGCGAUUGCCUCGGGCUGGAGGGAAAGGAGGAAGGGUUUGAGAAGAUCAAGGCACUCGCGCAGCGAUCCACCCCUCCGACCGACGCCGAGCUUGAGGAUGCACUACCGCGCUUCCUGCCUUACGAGCGCAUGAAGUUGGUCAAGUACGGAAGCGAAGGCAAUCCGCAGGGCGUCGGCGCUCAUCGUGACGGCGGCUGGAUCACCCUCCUCGCAACGGACCAGCAACCUGGCCUGCAAGUGGAAGACGUGGCCGGCCAAUGGAUCGAUGUGCCAUACAAACCCGGCUGCAUUCUCGUCAACUUCGGCCAGCAACUCGAGCGCGUAUCGAGCGGCCUCAUCCGAGCAGCGACGCAUCGUGUGCACAUCUAUCCCUCCCCGGAUGGCAGGGUCAGCCUGCCUUACUUUUCGAUGCCGUCCCUUCGAGCCGUCAUUGACCCUAUACCACGCGGGGAAAUGAGCGCAGAGGCAUUGCAGGAGGAGGAGAGUCGCGAUGCUGAGAAGAGGAUGGGAGGCAGGAAGACGGUUGUGCCAGAAGGCGAUUUGCAUGGCUCUGCUACGGAGGAGUUUGGACACACGGCGUGGAGGUCAUUGAUUAGAAGUCACCCGAAUACAUUUCAGCGGUGGUACGGCAAGGUGGGAGCGUGAUGGUCAAGCGCGUUGGACGAUGCAUUGCGCUCUUCGUGACUGCUACCCAUAUAUAUCACAAUCGAUUCAAUCAACCUGAAGCUGCC